CGGGGCCGCGGGCGCUGUCGCAGUGAAAGCCCGAGCGAGCCGCGGCGGCGGCGGAGGCGUCCGGGCGGGUGUGCGCGCGUGUGGGGCGCAGGCUCGGCAGCGGCAGCGGCGGCGAUUCAGCCUGCGGCGGCGGCGGCGGCGGCGGCGGCCCGUCUGGAGCGGCCGCUGCGAGGACGCCAGCUGCAGCGGGGGAGGCACAGCCGGGGCUGCGCGCUCCGCGAAGCCGGCCGGGGCCGGGAACAGGUGAUCCCAGCGGGAACCCCGAGCCCUACCGAGUUGGCGGGGCGAGUGCCCGCGCUCCUGGGCGCAGCUGCAGCCGCCUAGCCGCGGCUCUUCGCGGACGGCGCUCGGCGCUGGACCGGACUCGGGCAUCUCUCUGCUCCCGGCGGCUUGCGAAACCUCCUGCCGCCUCAGGCUCCGAAGUGCCCGCUCCCACUCCUCUGCCUCUGUCCGCACCCCGGCGCCCUUCUCGCGGCGGAGCAAAGUUGUGGACGUGUCCCGAUAGCCAAGCCAGGGUGCUGUCGCGAUCCAGCCGGGUGUGCGCGCGCUCGGAGAGGCGCUCUCACGCCAGCCCGGCCACCGCCUCGCCUCCCGAGCCGGCCCCCUCUGGAAACUGCUUCUGAGGCUGAAACUUUGGGCGCAGGCGAGCGCGGGAGGGAGGCCGAGGGACUGAGGGCGGCUUGGCGCGGGCCACUGGGACGCCGCCCAGCCCCGGCCUGCGGUCGCCCCUCCGCACCAACAACCUGGGCGCCACGGACGGCAUGUGACGUCCCGGCGGCCGCCGCAGCGCGGGAAGACACGGGCUCCGAAGACCCGGCCGCUGCGGGGAGGGGCGCGCGGCCACCAGAGGGAAGUCUGCGGCGCGCCGCCGGCCGCUGCGGGCCCGGGCCCCGAGCCGUGCCGCCCCGCUCGCCCGGGCCCCGCCGAGGCCGCGGCAUCCCCGCCCCGGAGCGGGAGGACUGGUUCCAAACUCCCUGAACUUCGGGGACAGUCCGGUAGCGGCGAAACUCAGGGUUGGCACCCCUGCCCCGGAGCCCCCACCCCGGGCGCUUCCCCGCACGCCUCCCGGCCCCGAACCCCUUCCCAACACGUGCCUGCCCUCUGAGGGCCUCGGGGGCCCCAGGCGGAGCUGACGGUCCCAGACCCGUGCCGGGUCACGAUGCUCAUGAGAAAAGUGCCGGGCUUCGUCCCGGCCUCCCCAUGGGGGCUGCGGCUACCGCAGAAAUUCCUCUUCCUCCUCUUCCUCUCUGGCCUGGUCACCCUGUGCUUCGGGGCCCUCUUCUUGCUGCCCCACUCCUCUCGCCUCAAGCGCCUCUUUCUGGCUCCCAGGGCCCAGAAACCCGGCUUGGAGUUGGUGGCUGAAGUAGCUGGACACCCUCCGCCGGGUAGACAGGAGCCGCCUCGUAACCCGGCCCUGGGCGCCCGCAGCAACCGGCUCAAUCCCCGCCGCAAAAAGGAGCGGUUGCGGCGCCCUGGCCCCACCGAACAGGAGACGGUCUCGGACUCUUUGCCCCGAUUUGACUUCAAAGCGUUCCAGAGCCGCCUCCGCCACCCGGUCCUUGGGACGAGGACUGAGAGUACAGAGCCCCAGAGCCCAGUGCGAGCCCAGCGGGAGAAAAUCAAGGAGAUGAUGCGGUUCGCCUGGGACAACUACCGGCGCUACGCCAUGGGGAAGAACGAGCUCCAGCCGAUCACCAAGGACGGCUACCAGGGCAACAUAUUCGGUGGCCUCAGCGGAGCGACGGUCAUCGAUUCCCUCGACACCCUCUACCUCAUGGGGUUGAAGGAGGAGUUCCAGGAGGCCACGGCCUGGGUGGAGAACGACUUUCACCUGAACGUGACCGGGGAAGCGUCCUUGUUCGAGGUGAACAUCCGCUACGUCGGAGGACUCCUCUCAGCCUUCUACCUGACAGGACAAGAGGUGUUCCGAAUCAAGGCCAUCAAGCUUGGAGAGAAGCUGCUGCCAGCCUUCAACACCCCCACGGGAAUCCCCAAGAGCGUCGUGAACUUCAAAAGAGAAAGGAAGCCAGCCAUCUCUGGACUGAAACCUCUGAAACCGAAACCGAAACCGGAGAAGUGGGGCUGGGCCACCGCGGGCGGCAGCAGCGUCCUGGCAGAGUUUGGGUCCUUGCACCUGGAGUUCCUGCACCUCACCGAGCUCUCUGGCAACCAGGUCUUCGCAGAAAAGGUCAGGAAGAUCCGCAGGGUCCUCAGGCAGAUAAAGAAGCCCUUCGGCCUCUACCCCAACUUCCUCAGCCCAGUGACCGGGAACUGGGAGCAACACCACGUCUCCAUUGGAGGACUCGGGGACAGUUUUUAUGAAUAUUUGAUCAAAUCCUGGCUGAUGUCUGCCAAGACAGAUACGGAGGCUAAAGACAUGUACUACAAAGCCUUGGAGGCCAUAGAGACCUACUUGCUGAAUGUCUCUCCCGGGGGGCUGACCUACAUUGCCGAGUGGCGAGGGGGGAUUCUGGACCACAAGAUGGGGCACCUGGCCUGUUUCUCGGGGGGCAUGAUCGCCCUCGGCGCUGAGGAUGCCAAGGAAGAAAAGAGGGCCCACUACCGAGAGCUCGCAGCCCAGAUCACCAGGACGUGCCACGAGUCGUACGCACGCUCAGACACCAGGCUGGGCCCCGAGGCCUUCUGGUUCACCUCGGACAGAGAGGCCGUGGCCAGCCAGCCCAGCGAGAGCUACUACAUCCUGCGGCCCGAGGUGGUGGAGAGCUACAUGUACCUGUGGCGCCAGACGCACGACCCGGUCUACAGGGAGUGGGGCUGGGAGGUGGUGACGGCCCUGGAGAAGUACUGCCGGACGUCGGCCGGCUUCUCCGGGAUCCACAACGUCUACAGCAAGGUCCCGAGUCACGACAACAGGCAGCAGAGCUUCUUCCUGGCGGAGACGCUGAAAUACCUCUACCUUCUGUUCUCUGAAGACGACACGCUCUCCCUGGAAGACUGGGUGUUCAACACCGAGGCCCACCCGCUGCCCGUGAAGCACCUGGACGGCUCCGGCGGGGCCGGGCACCCGCACUGACCGUCCCCACCCCUCUGGGGCGCUCAGGGAUGCCUUGCCGUCCGGGGACCCGGGACCACUCCCCAAGGGCUUGGCGCGCAGGCCCCGCCCCGGCAGACCCUGGACAGACGUGUCGGACCAGCAGCUUCUCCUCCGUGAGGAGACAGGACUGGAGCCCAGCGAUGUCAUGAGGGCCGCGGUCACACCAAGGCCUGACAUCCCUCUCUACAAAGAAUUUCUAUGGAACCCGUCACCCGCCAUCCUGGGAGUUCGCCCAGUGACCCCGCGUGUGUCUGUCCCUUCCUUUUGGCUUUGGGGUUUUUUCGUUGCUGUUUUUACUUAAUUUGAUUUUUCUUUACACUUGAGUAUAUUACAAAUGAAUAGAGUUUUCAAAAAUCAUGUGCUUGCUGAGACGGAGCCACCCGCGCAGGACCUGGGGACGCGUCUCCGGGUCCUGACGGCUCUCUUCCACACUUCUGCCCGGCGCGUCUCUGUUCAGCCACGAGUGAUUGACCUUAUGAUUUGAGGAGGGGUUCCCUUUGAUCUGGGCCUGAGUGUUACAAAUCACUAGUGCUAUUUUCAUUAUUGUAAUGGAGAACUAUGUGAACUAGAAUAAAGGAGUUUAUUGAAGAAGAAAUAAGACUGGGCUCAUUGCACACCAGUAACUCCUGGGGAAACCACCACCAUGUUAUCAUCAGAAAGAAAAACCAACCAGCGAUUGAUUUCAGGUGUAAUUUAGUGAACGAUCUCAAUUCGUAUUACUCUCGUAUUAAAUUGGUCUUAAUGCAUUCAGGAAGUGCGAGGCCAAUCCUUUAGAUAAAGUUGGGGAUUUAUACUCAGGUUGAGGCUUGGAGGAAGCCCAGAGAGGGGCAGCAACUUGCUUGAGGUCACACAGCCAGUGGAAGGCAGAGGCGGUUUCCUGGCCACCCUGGGCCUCUGGUCAUCGACUGUCAUUCGGCAGAUGCCUGCAGUGCUGGGCUAGAGGACAGGGACCCAGUCAAGAGCAGGACAGUCGUAAGCCUGCAGUCAAGGAGCCAGCUCAUUAAAGCAGCCUUCAGCGAGGUGAGGUGGCUGCAGGUGCUGGCCGAGCCAGCAGUGGCCAGGACCACCCUAGGGGUCCCCUGAUGGCAGCUGACCUUCAAACCAAGACCUCAAGACAAGUAGGAGCAGCCAGAAGAGCGUCCAGCAGAGAGACAAGCACCCGCCAAGCUGGACCCCUUUCCCACCCUCCCAGUGCCCGCUCUGCCCCCCAGGAGAGGCCGGAGACCAUCUGCAGAACCAGGAGCUCGGUCCCCACGCUGAGGUCAGACCCGGCGGGGCCUUGUCCCACAGCUGGAGCUGCAGGAUGAUGCUGAGCCCGUCCCUGUGGCUCUGCUCCUAAACCCAGAGGCGUCAGGGUGCGGGGACCUGGCUCUGUCCCAGCUGUGGGAGGCCAGGCUGGUCCCCUCCCCCCUUUGCGCUCUUCUUCUCCAUCGAGGAGAGAGAACGUUCACUUUCCAAGGAUGUGAGAGCAAAUAGGUCACUCCCCGUACCCUGGGGUGCCAGAAAUGCUCUUCCUUUGUUCUGGAGACUCAGACCCGCCCAGGGUCCUCUUGAGCCCAGCUGCGGGUGCACAGCCCCCUCCCCCCACAGGAACCCCAUAGGAACAAGUGGCUGCAGCCUCCAUAGGCCUCAUGGAAAGGGGGCUCCUGCAAAGCAAAACAAGAAUACUCACUGCACAACACUGUAAAGAGGUUAGGAAAUGAAGAUAAGCAGGAAGCAAAAAUCACUUGCCAUCCUACUCUCCAGAAUGAAUACUGUUAUAUUUUCCUCUAGACCUUUUUCUAUGAAUAUAUAGAAUAUAUAUUUUGCAAACAUGGUGUCAUCCUAUGCAUACUGUUUUCUUAUAAUCUGCUUUUGCACUUAACUAAAUAAUGUGUAUCUCUUUCCGUUUCAACAAAUAUACAUUUAUGUCAUCACUGUG